AUGAAUUAUGAGUUCAAUACAUCCUGUUUAGCAGAAAGACGGAUAUUCCUUGCUCAUUAUCAGACAAUCACUUAUUCACAAACUUCGUGUGGGGCUAAUAGUUUUCAUUUCCCGUCUCAUGGAAAACCCUUUUCGCUCCGCUUAGCCCUAUCCCCCUCUAGGAGUAUUUUAGUGAUAGGUUCUAUAGGAACCGGACGAUCCUAUUUGGUCAAAUACCUAGCGACAAACUCCUAUGUUCCUUUCAUUACAGUAUGUCUGAACAAGUUCCUGGAUAACAAGCCGAAAGGUUUUUUUCUUGAUGAUAUCGAUAUUGAUGAUAGUGACGAUAUUGAUGCUAGUAACGAUAUUGAUCGUGAACUUGAUACGGAGCUGGAGCUUCUAACUAUGAUGAAUGCGCUAACUAUGGAUAUGAUGUCGGAAAUAGACCGAUUUUAUAUCACCCUUCAAUUCGAAUUAGCAAAAGCAAUGUCUCCUUGCAUAAUAUGGAUUCCAAACAUUCAUGAUCUUGAUGUGAAUGAGUCGAAUUACUUAGCCCUCGGUCUCUUGGUGAACUCUCUCUCCAGGGAUUGUGAAAGAUGUUCGACUAGAAAUAGUCUUGUUAUUGCUUCGACUCAUAUUCCCCAAAAAGUGGAUCCCGCUCUAAUAGCCCCGAAUAAAUUAAAUACAUGCAUUAAAAUAAGAAGGCUUCUUAUUCCACAACAACGAAAGCACUUUUUCACUCUUUCCUAUACUAGGGGAUUUCACUUGGAAAAGAAAAUGUUCCAUACUAAUGGAUUCGAGUCCAUAACCAUGGGUUCCAGUGCACGAGAUCUUGUAGCACUUACCAAUGAGGCCUUAUCAAUUAGUAUUACACAGAAGAAAUCAAUUAUAGACACUAAUACAAUUAGAUCUGCUCUUCAUAGACAAACUUGGGAUUUGCGAUCCCAGGUAAGAUCGGUUCAGGAUCAUGGGAUCCUUUUCUAUCAGAUAGGAAGGGUUGUUGCACAAAAUGUACUUAUAAGUAAUUGCCCCAUAGAUCCUAUAUCUAUCUAUAUGAAGAAGAAAUCAUGUAACGAAGGGGAUUCUUAUUUGUACAAAUGGUACUUCGAACUUGGAACGAGCAUGAAGAAAUUCACGAUACUUCUUUAUCUUUUGAGUUGUUCUGCCGGAUCGGUCGCUCAAGACCUUUGGUCUCUACCCGGACCCGAUGAAAAAAAUAGGAUCACUUCUUAUGGAUUCAUUGAGAAUGAUUCGUCAUGUCAUAUAGGCCCGAGUCGGACAUCUAAUUGCUUAGAUUUGAAUUAUCCUUAUCCGGAGGAUGCCUUAUAUAUAUAUUAA